CGAAAUCCAAAUUUUUAAAGCAACGCUUCAAGUGAAAAUAAUAUUAGAAAUUUUUUGUGAUUAAUAUAUAAUUCAGUUUUAAGAUCAUAGAGACACUUUUGACUUCAAAUCUAUUACAUUAGCGAUCUAGUCAAAUUAGAACUAUUGUAAAACAUUGAAAUGGGAGCUAUUUUGGGGAUAUUUUCUGCAGCACAGCUCGCUUGCUGUUGCACUGCAUCGGCUGCAAGUUGUAUAUGCUCAGCAUGUCCAUCCUGUAAAAAUUCUACAUCAUCAAGAAUAAUGUACGCAAUACUCUUACUUUUUGGAGCCGCGACUGGUGCUUUGAUGCUUUCUGAUGGUUUACAAGAUAUAUUAAAGAAGGUUCCGUUUUGUGCAAAUUCUACGUCAACAACAUCAUACGUAAUUCCUGCUUCGAGCACUUUCGAUUGUCAACAUGCAGUUGGAUAUUUAGCAGUUUAUAGAAUCGGUUUUGCACUAGCUGCUUUCUUCUUUUUAAUGUCUAUCAUAAUGAUUGGUGUUAGAUCUUCCAAAGAUGGACGAGCUGCAAUACAAAAUGGCUUUUGGGGAUUGAAAUUCUUGAUUGUAAUUGCAAUUGCUAUCGGUGCAUUCUUCAUUCAAGACGGUUCUUUUGGAUCUUGGAUGAUGUGGAUAGGAUUAAUUGGAGGAUUUUCGUUUAUCAUUAUUCAGCUUAUACUUCUCGUUGAUUUUGGCCAUCACUGGGCUGAUGAAUGGGUUGGAAAUUAUGAAGAGACCCAAAGUCGUGGAUGGUUUAUAGCUUUGUUGUCUGCAACGGCACUUCAAUACAUUGCCGCUCUUGCUGGAAUCAUUAUCUUGUAUAGCGUAUAUACACAAUCUGAUGAUUGCGCAUUGAACAAAUUCUUUAUUUCAUUCAAUAUGAUUCUUUGUGUUGCUGUUAGUGUCCUUUCAAUUACUCCACGCGUCCAAGAAGCCCAACCACGAAGUGGAUUAUUGCAAAGUGCCGUUGUCACUUUAUAUGUUGUUUACUUGACAUGGUCAGCAGUUUCAAAUAAUCCAAACAAGACAUGUAAUCCCAAUUUAUUGGGUGGUGGAUCUGAUGCAAACAAUCAAACAUUUGAUAAAACUAGCAUUGUAGGUUUGGUUAUUUGGUUGUUCUGUAUUUUGUAUUCGUCAUUACGUUCUGCCAGUGCUGUUUCAUCACUUUCAGGCUCAGAUCCAGAGCGUCAAGUAUUAAUAACAGCUACCCUUUCAAAUGAAGAUGAAAAACCAAGCAACAACUCGGAAGAUAAAGUUUGGGACAAUGAAGAAGAUAAAGUCGCAUAUUCAUGGUCAAUUUUCCAUUUGACAUUUGUUGCUGCCACUUUAUACGUUAUGAUGACACUUACAAAUUGGUAUCAACCAAAUUCAUCGUCUUUGGAGUCAAUGAACGCAAAUGCUGCAUCAAUGUGGAUUAAAGUAGUUUCUUCAUGGCUUGGUAUUGCACUGUAUGGCUGGUCAUUAAUUGCUCCGAUGGUUUUAACUGAUCGUGAAUUUAAUUAAAUCUAUAUUAAACAUUAUUAUUAAUUAACCAUUUUACGAAUCUUUUAAAAACAUGCUUAAUGCCAUUUUCUCAAUGUAUGGAUCGAGCUGCUUAGUAUUUCCAAGAAAAGUUUCUAUUUGAUAUUAAGGAUUGCAGGAUAUUUAAAAAAUAAAGUAUGUCCGCAUACAAAAUGCUUGCUGAUUACCCAAUUCACAAGUCUUGCAACUAGCUGCAUUGAAAUUACCAACCAAAUAAUAAUUUAACUCCUGUGCGGCUCGAUUAUGUGAUAAGAUACAUUUUUUCAAUAACUUAUGUCAUUUUUUUUUUUUAUUUUACAUCCUGUAAGCAUUCAUGUAAUCGUGAAUGUUACUUAAAUUUUAUGUAAUAGCUGUAAUAGACUUCAUGUAGGAAUAAACACAUAAAUAAGUGGACAACACGUAUUUUUAUCAUAAACAA